AUGUCUACACAAGUUGAGGCUAGGUCUCUGGCCUCGCUCAAUUAUCUCGCCGCAAACCCCCCGCAAUAUCCUCACAGACCAGCCGAGCAACGUCAAGAUCCCCUCACACUCUACAUCUCACGAGUGCCUGGCACGCGAGACGUCAUCUUGACAACCUCAAAACCGCAUCUCAAAAAUGUCACCAGCGAAGAUGUCGCAAACUCAUUUUACUACAUCCACCUGGAACUGCCCAGUGACGGUAGCCACCCAUACCACCCAAACUUAGCGGCUGCUGGAUCUCAGCAACCUCACCAUCUACGGAACCCGGACACGCCUAGGUCUAGCAUGGACAGCACCCGCAGCACGGCUCAGAUCCGGAGGAAACCCGUCGCAGGCGCAAAGGUGCCCUCACCGCCAGCCGAUCCAGCCCGCGCUCAUCUGCCCCCUCAGACACAGGCUCAAACUCAGGCACAACCUCCGACGCCAGGCUCACAUCCAGCGGCCGCCGGCAACCGCAACUCAGGCCUCUACGGCUACGGCACCGGGAAUGCGACGGGGUACGGCAUCGGCUACGGCACGGGCAACGACCCCCGCCAACCCCGGUGGACAGAGGACCGCCCGGAGCUUCCUCCACGACCAACAUCCCACUCACCUCCGGCCCCUCCCGUACGCAAACCCGUCGGCCCGCGAGCUAUCCCGACCCCGGCACCCGACUACGACGCGCCCUUUGCCUCCAGACCCCCUCAGCCUCCUCCGACAGAUCUCCACCGCGCUUCUCCCUCCCAGUCCCCGUCCCGUCUGCCGCCGCAGCAGGAACUCUCCUCGUCGCCGGCGCGUUCGCGUCGUUACUCCCGUCCGACCUCCGUCUAUCGCCAACAAUCUCGCUCUCCCUCACCGAACCGCUUCCACAACACAAAAGAGGUCCCCUAUACCCUCUCCCUCAUCCGCCGCGACCCGAGCACGGGGAACCAGUGGAACGUAGGCCGCGUCGCCUCCCACCAGCUCGAGGACUCUGGCGACGACGGGUACGAGUACUUCUCCUUCGACUCGGCAGGUCUCUCGGCUCACGACCGCCGGCGCGCAAACGCCCCUCAACCUCCCAUCAACAUCCGCCUCGAGUCCUCGGGCUACGCAAAGUUCCGCCACAUGCCUCUGCGCCAGAGCGUGGAUAUGCCACGGACGUCGACGACAACUGCUCCCCCUUUUGCAAACUCGGAAGACGCGCUCAACCACCUGCAACAGCAACAGCAGCAGCAACAGCAGUCUCCCGAGGGUGGCUUCUCACGCCAAGUCGUCAUGUCCUACGCCAAAUCCUGGUCCUCCAACAUUCGCGAAAAGUUCAGCUCCCGGUCGCGCUCAGGCAGCUUGAUGGACGAAGGCGACUCAGUCCCCUUUGGUUCGCCGCCAGCGAGGUCUACUCACCGCCACUCACGCCAGUUGAGCGCACACUCGACGGGCUCCGCCUCUUCUAACGGAAGCGACUCGGGGCCCAUCAUCACCCAGCCGGGCCACGGCCUCCGGCCUCAAGGUUAUGUGUUUGUCUCGCCCUGGGACGGCCGCUGCGAGUUCCGUACGGGGAACGCCGGGCGCAGUGUCAAGUGCAGACACGUCCUCCCCACGGCCGGCGGACUGAGUAACCCGCUCGCGCCGUCGAGUUCGUCGUCGUACUCGGCUAGCGUGAGCGAGUUGCGGUUUAAUCUGCCCAGCACGGAGAUUUUCAAACAGGAGGGCAAGAGGGAGCAGCUGAGCGGGCACUUUAGCCGACUUCUCAACGUCGGUAACCGGACCGGCGAGUAUAGCGACGAGGACGAGCCGCCUAGCCCGUUUGAUCUGAAGCUCGGCAAGGAGAGGGCCGGGGGCGGCAACAGGGGGAAGAGAGCCAAGUUGGGCAAGCUGAUUAUCUACCCCGAGGGGCUGAAGAUGUUGGAUCUGGUCGUGGCCGCAAACAUGGGUGUUUGGUGGGGGGCUUGGGAGAAGACGUUUUGA